AUGUCAGCAGUAGUUAGUGAUUUAAAUUCAGCUGCUGGUAUUAGCAGUAAUCGUUAUUUAUCAUUUGAUUUUGUUUCAACAUCAAGUCCACAUGAUGAAUAUGAACUUAUACAACGUAUUGGUUCAGGAACAUAUGGGGAUGUGUAUAAAGCAAGACAUAUUCCAACAGCAUCAAUGCGAGCUCUCAAAGUAAUUAAGCUUGAAGCUGGAGAUGAUUUUAAUAUAAUUCAACAAGAAAUUCUUAUGAUGUUACAAUGUAGUCAUCCAAAUAUAAUUGCAUAUUUUGGAAGUUAUUUAAAACGAGAUAAAUUAUGGAUUGCUAUGGAACUUUGUGCUGGUGGUUCAAUGCAAGAUAUUUAUCAUGUUUAUGGACCACUUGGUGAAUUACAAAUAGCUUACAUACUUAAAGAAACAUUAAAAGGUUUAGAUUAUCUUCAUAGAAAUGGAAAAAUGCAUCGAGAUGUUAAAGGUGCGAAUAUCUUAUUAACAGAAGAUGGAAAUGUUAAAUUAGCUGAUUUCGGUGUAGCAGCAAGUAUAACAGCAACUAUAUGUAAACGAAAAUCAUUUAUUGGUACACCUUAUUGGAUGGCACCUGAAGUAGCAGCUGUUGAACGUAAAGGUGGUUAUAAUCAUUUAUGUGAUAUAUGGGCUGUUGGUAUAACAGCAAUUGAAUUUGCUGAAUUACAACCACCAAUGUUUGAUUUACAUCCAAUGCGUGCAUUAUUUUUAAUGUCAAAAUCAGGUUUUAAAUCACCAACAUUAAAAGAUAAAAUGAAAUGGACAAUAACAUUUCAAAAUUUUGUUAAAUUUGCAUUAACAAAAAAUCCUAAAAAACGACCAUCAGCUGAAAAAUUACUUGACCAUCCAUUUCUUCAAGGAAAUUUAACUACAGCUAUUGCACGUGAUCUACUUGAUAGAGUACAUAAUGGUGCAACAAGUAAUCAGAUAUCAGAAGAUCGAGAUGAUGAUGAUGAUGAUAGAAAUAAUUCUCAGGCACCAAGGAAGAUCACAUCGAAUAAAGAACAACCUAUUGUAUCUUCGUCGAAUGUUCGUCCAAUAAUAACGAAUAUAAAUCAACCACCAUUAAUCCGUAGUUCAAUUCUCAAUGAUCCCAUUCAAUCAGAAACAAAUGGAAUUAAUUCGACAAAUGAUACUCGUUCUGCAAUAAAUAUCGAUGAAACUGGACUUUUGGAUUCAUUUCUCGACGAAUUAUCCCGACGUGGACAUGUUCCACCAUCAAUAAAACAUAAAGAUAAUGGAAAUACUGAACAUAUUCAAAGAUUAAAAUCUUUAGGUUUAGCUGAUGAAGAUAUUCAACGUUUAAUGUCUAAAUUACCAUUAAGUGCAUUUGAUGAUUUAGCAUUAAAUGAAAUUAAACAUAUAGUUGACGUUAUGCGUGAUGCUGAUGUUGAAGAAAAUGAAGAUGAAUUAAAUGAUAAUAAUACAAUAAAACGAUCACCAUUACCUAUAUCAUUACCAGCAAAAUCAAAUAAAACAAAGAAAAAAGAUCAACAAAUGAUUUAUGAAAAUAUAGAUACAAAUAAUAAUACAUUAAAAUCAAAAAAUGAUGAUAAUACAUUGAAAUCAAAACAAGAUAAAACAACAAUGUCAACAUUAUCAAAUGGAAUUCCAAGUGUACCUAGAGUUCAUAUGGGUGCUGGUUUUAUGAAGAUAUUUAAUGAAUGUCCAUUAGAAAUUCAUGCUAGUUAUUGUUGGAUUAAUAAUGAAACUAGAGAUCAAUUGGUAUUAAUUGCUGCUGAAGAAGGUGUUUAUUCUCUGAAUCUCAAUGAAUUGCAUGAUGCUACAUUAGAAUUGUUAUAUCCAAGACGAACAACUUGGUUAUUUGUUAAAGAUAAUAUUCUCUGGUCAAUCUCGGGAAAAGCUAACACAUUAUAUCGACAUGACCUUCAUUUAUUAUUUCAUAAUAAAAGUACAGCAAGACUAUCUCUUCAAUUAAAUAAAAUUCCACAAAAAUUUGAAAAAUUAAUGCCAAAAAAAUUAGUUACAUCAGUUAAAAUAAAUAAUACACGUGGAUGUAUUCGAUGUUGUGUUGGAAGAAAUCAAUUUAAUGGUUUUAUUUAUCUUGCUGGAAUGUUAACAAAUGAAAUUUUUCUUAUGCAAUAUUAUGAUCCAUUAAGAAAAUUUAUGCAUUUAAAAACGGUUUCUAUUUCAAUACCUGCUGAACCACCAAUAUUUGAAAUGAUUUUUUCACCGGAAAAUCAAUAUGCAAUUGUAUGUAUUGGUGUUAGUAAAAGUAAAUCUGUUGCUAAUUCAUAUAAAUUUGCUUCAAUUAAUUUUGAAACGGAAAAAAUGGAAAAUUAUCAUGAUGUUUCUCUUCUAUCGGAUGUUUCUUAUGUACUUCAACAUGAAAAGGAUGCUGAUACAGUGCUUAUUUGUCAUGGAAAUAAUAUAGCAAUAGUUAAUUCUCAAGGUAAACCUCGCACAAGUAGACGAACGUUAUCUGAACUUCAUUUUGAUUGUGAAGUUCGAUCAUUAGUUUGUUUACAAGACAGUGUACUUGCAUUUCAUGAACAUGGAAUGCAAGGUAGAAGUCUCAAAGAUAACGAAGUUAUACAAGAAGUUUAUGAUCAUACUCGAUCAUUUCGAGUUAUCGGUAGUGAUCGACUAAUUGUCUUACAAAGUCGUCCAUCAUUAUCUUCCAAAUCGUCGGAUAUAGAUAAUAAUCUCACACAAUCAAUAACUGCAUUAACUACGGCAUCAUUUUCAACAUCACCAUGCGAUUUGCAUAUAUUAAUGGGUCAUGAAAAUACAUAA